AUGUAUUCAGAUAAUGGCACAAAUUUCGUGGGCGCCGAACGCGAGCUUACCGCCGCGUUUCGCGCGGCUAUCAGAGACCCGGACUUUCUCAAUCGAACCGCUUCCGAUCGAAUCACGUGGCACUUUAUGCCACCUUCCGCUCCUCAUUUCGGCGGAUUAUGGGAGGCGGGAGUACGGAGUGUAAAGCACCAUCUCCGUCGAGUGAUUGGGGCUCAUACUCUCACAUUUAAGGAAUUCUCAACAGUCUUAUGCAAUGUGGAGGCGUGUCUCAAUUCCCGACCGCUCGCUCCUCUCAACGACUCGGUCGACGAUUAUGAACCGUUAACUCCCGAGCUUUUUUUGAUCGGCUCGGCCCUGACCGCAGUUCCCGAACUUCCGUUUUGA